UAGCAAGAGAACACGAUAAAAGAAUUUGCUGAUUCAGAUAUGAGUAAAUAGAAAUGAAUAAAGUUGAGGGUUCUAUAAAUUUUAAUAUUAUAACCAUAAUCCUCUUCAGAAAUACAGAAAUUCAUGCUUGGGAAAAUAUCAGUCCCUGUUGAAUAGGGGCUGAUAUGAUUAAAAAAAUGUAAAUAUUCUAAUAACAGCAAUUAUAUAAUUUCUUAGGAUUGCCUUUCAUAUUGUUAUCAUUUAAAGCAAAAUGCGGACAGUGUUUUCACUUUGGAAGACGAAGUUGGACAAGUUUGUUAAGGAGAAAAUUGUGGGCAAGAAAAGAGAUUCAUGAGUGAAUAAAUCAGCCUGAAAUAGGAACAAUAGAAAACCGGUAACAAAUUUAUCCGUCUAACAUUAUCGUAUUUCUCUUCAAGUUCCCUUUAAAGAUAUUAGAUUUCAUCAGAUCAAGAGGGUGCCGUAAUGUUUUCAUGAUAUUUAAGAUGUAAGUGGAGAAGAGGUAUUGAGAUCUGAACGACUGACAAAAUAUGAUCAAGAAUCACUUUCACUUAAAUGAUUCUACGGCCUCUGAUUUAUGCAGCCAGCACAUUUUUGACAACUUGAUUGAGAAAAUAAUUUUAAAGCAUUGAUUCAGUAUUCAAACAAUAUAUAGUCUUUAAACUUAGUAAAGAAAGAAGUAGACGUCAAUGACGUCCAAUUUGGCAAUAAGCAACAUCUGUUGCAUAUAUAAACGCCCUCUUUGAUCGAUAUGGCGUCACUGCUACGUAGGUAAAAAUAAAAGCAUUGAACGUCAUCAAAAUCAUUCUGCAAGAAAGAAAAUCAACAUUGAGCCACGUACUUCCCAGUUUGAAAGAUUGGACUCGUAACUGAUUGCAACCACAAUCGCAAUUAUUACAGAAAUAAAACUCGUCAAAGUCGUCUCUACAACCCGUGUUUAGAAACUAAAUACCAAACAUCAACUGCAAUAAAGGUCAAGCUUCUAAUAUUACUUUUGAAUAAGACAAUAGAGCAAAAAUGAAGAUUGGAUUUAUUUUAUUGUGUCUCAUCUACUCAGCCAGAUGUGAAAGUGGAAGCAAACAGGACAUUUCUCUCUGGUAUAAAGAUAUGAUAAAACAGGGAGCUUUUGAAGGGGAUUUGACUUCAGCUCAACUAGAAGUGAAAAAUUCUAUAGAAAAAAUAAUUAAAAGUUCAAUGAAAAGUAAAAGAUUGUUUGAUAGAGAAAAACUUUUAGCUUAUGAAAAUAUUUUGAAUUUGAAUGACAAUAGGGAUUUUGAGGAUGACGAUGAAACAGAAUUAAAUGAUGAUGAUGAUGGUGAUGAUAUGGAUAACAAUAGCGAGGAGGUUAGUGUGCAUGAUAAUAAUAAUAAUAAUAAUAAUAAUAAUAAUAAUGUGGAGAAGGAAAAUUUUAAAAGUCAACAUGUCAAAGGUGAUAUCUUACUGAAAUCUUCAACAACAAUAGAAUCUAAAAAUAAUGUCUCUGAAAAUACGACAAAUUUAAAAAGUAUGAAAAAAUUAUUAGAUGAAAAGCAAACAGACGAUAAGGCCAAACAGAUUCCCAAAAGAGAAGAAACAACAGUUGAAAUAUUGCAAUCCAACCAAACGAAAACAGUGUUUGAAACAAAAUCAGUUGUGAAAAAGAUUAGCAACAGGAUUCCAAAAAUUUCUAUUCGACAUUUAUACAAAACUUGCUAUAGUAAUUUUUCCAGCCAUUUAGAUAUAUUUUAUGCAUAUGAGAAGCAACGUAACAAACUUUUCCAGAGAGAAGAAUAUUUAGAUAAUAAAUCUAUGCAAUCAAAUUGGUUUUUUAAAAUCUUAUAUCAGAUACAGCAAAGCCAAAUGAUUUCACCUUCACCAAAUAUUCUAAAAAUGUCAAAAGUAUUCAAAAAAUCAAAGGCAUCUAAAAGCAAAUAUAAAGUAAGAAACAUUUUGAAACUUUGCUUAAGAACCUCAGAUUGUUUGAAAGUAUGUCGAUAUUUCUUUGAAUUUCAAAUGUGCAUACCUGGAUUUAAUUGGAUAAGGAAUAGUUCUAGUAAGAACCGUUCUUAUUUAGUUCAAUGGGAAGCUUUUCCGAGAAAGGAAAAUUUUGGAAUUAAUUUUAAUAAAAAGUCAUUCAACAAUGACCAGAAGAAACUUCAAAGAGAUAAUGUCAAAAUAAAGGAAAAGACCAAAGAUGAAAAGAUCAGAGAUGGAAAGAAAAUGUUGGAUAAAACUGGCAAGAAUAAGGGAAAAUUUACUGAAAAUAAGAUCAAAGAAAAUUCCCAUACUUCAGAUAAUAAGAAACAAAAUAAUAGAAUGUCCACCAAAACAAAACUGUCUUCUGAUGAUUCACAAAAUAAAAUUGAAAAUAAAAUAAAGGAAACGAAUGUGAAUGAAGAGGUAAAUAGUAAAGGAAGAAAUGUUCCAGUUCAGGAAAAUAUUAUGGAAACUCCUCAAGAUAAAUCAUUUAAUCAAAGAUUAAAAACAGAAAACAGUGUGGAUAUUGGUAUGGUUAACAAGAUAGUUGAUGAGAUGUCAAAUGAAUAUUUGAUCAAGAUACAGUCACUAGAGCUAGCAGUAACAAAAUUAGAGAAAGAACUGCUAACAGGACAGCUGAGCAGAACUAAUGACCUGUUGUCAUUAUCUCAACUUGAAAGCCAGAUUCUCCAUUUACAGACAAAAUUAAUGAAACUCAAUCAGACAUAUAUCAAGCUUGAACAAGAGAACCAAGAUUUGAAACAUGGUCAACAGAAAAUUUUUGAACUCAAACAACAGAAUGAGAGACAAUUGACUAGUAACUUUGAUGUGAAGAAUAAGAUCCAUAACCAGACUAAUUUAAUCAGACAACAACAAAAAAAUUUUGCUGAUUUGUCUUAUAUGGUACAAAAUCAAUCAAAUCUUCUUAGUAAAUUAACUCAUCGACAAGAACAGAUAGAAGAAGAAAAUAGAAUACUUCAUCAAGUUGUUAUGAACCAGUCUUUAUAUAUUUCACAUGUCUUGAAGACAGUUCAUGUAUUAACCAAUCAGAUGCAAGAAGAACGUAUUCGUGAAAAUACUAACAAAUUUAACAUGUUUCCAGUUCAAUUAAUUGAAAAGUUAGAAUCAUUGAUAUCUAGCAGGAAAAUAGUUGAAGGUGAGAAAAUAGAAAAACAUAUCAAAAGGAAAGGGAAAUCAAAAAAUAUAACUUGUAAAAAACCUUGGAUUUCUGUGGGAAAAUAUUCUCAUCACAAACUAGUGGUAAAACAAAAUAGGUUAAAGUAUAGGUAUUUCACUCUUUUAUCGAAAUCCUGCCUCAUAUUUGAUAACAUAGAUGAACAAUCUUUGCCAAAUUUACCAGCAUCUUCAACUCAGUAUAAAUUAAGAUCAUCUACAGCUGUAGAAAACAAAAACGAAACUAUAAAUAAAACCAUUGCAAGAAAGAAACAGGAAACUCAAAAGAGCUCAACACUUCCACAAAAAAAUCAGUCGAGUAAAUUUAAAGUGCAGGAACCAAAAAUUAAAGAAACUGAAAAAAGCAGUCAGAAUGUAAAAGAAAUAAAAGAUGAACAGAGUGUUAAAAUUAAAAAAGAAAAUGAUACAAAAGUAAAAGAUGGGAAUUCAGAAGAAAAAAAUCAACGCCAAAGUCAUAAUUCUGAUAAAGUCAAGCCAAAAGUAGCUUCCCAUAGUAAAAAAGAAUCUGUUGAGGUCCUUGCUGGUCAGAAACCAACAAAGAGUUCUGAGACCAAUGUAAAGAAUAAUAAAGAAGAAAAAGAGGGAAACAAGAAAAUGAACGAUAAAAACUUAGAACUGAAGGAACCACUCUAUGUUGAUGCAAAACAGAGCGGACCAAAAGACUGCUAUGAUUUAUAUAUGAAAGGAAGUUCCAAGAAUGGUGUCUAUAAAAUAAAACCCAUUGCUACAUCAAAAUCUCUAGAUGUUUUCUGCGAUAUGAAAAAUGGUGGCUGGACUGUAAUACAAAGACGCCAAGGAGGAACAAUAAGCUUUAAACGAGAUUGGAAUAGCUACAAAAAAGGCUUUGGAGGUAUUUAUGGAGAACACUGGCUUGGUAAUGAUAACAUUCAUUGGUUGACAAACCAAGGUCAUUACAGUUUACGUGUGGAUUUGAUAGACUGGGAAAAGAAUAAAGUAACAGCCAUUUAUGAAUAUUUUAUGAUAGAUGAUGAGAGCAAUGGCUACCGUUUACAUGUUGAUGGCUACAGCGGUGAUAGCGGGGAUUCCUUGAGCAAGCAUAAUCUGAACAAAUUUUCAACAAAAGAUGUCGAUAAUGACUUAGUUACAAAACAGUUUGGUGGAAGCUGUGCAAAACGCUUCAAUGGUGCUUGGUGGUAUUACAAGUGUUAUGCAUCAAAUCUAAAUGGAGUUUUCUAUCGUGAUGGUUUAGUAGCAGACAAAAAGUUUGAUGGAAUUGCUUGGAAAUCUUGGAAAAAAGCAAAUUAUUCAUUAAUGAAAGUAGAAAUGAAGAUAAAACCAAAAACAACAAAAAAGGAUUCAAAUAAAUAACUAUGGAAAUUUGGAUAUAAUUUCUGUAAAAAAAAAAAAAGAAUCCAAUUU